AUGGCGGUCGAGCUGCAGCGAAUCAAGUAUGCGCGCGACCAGGUGCAGGCCGGGAUCGUGCACCUGGGCGUCGGGGCCUUCCAUCGGGCUCACCAGGCCGUGUACUGGGACACGCUGCUGCCGGAGGACCCGCGUUGGGGGGUGUGUGGCAUUAAUUUGCGUGCUGCUGACCGUGCCGGCUUUGAGGCCCUGCAGGCCCAAGGCGGCCUCUACACGCUCAAGACGCUGGCCUUUGAUGGGGCCACUGAGUACCGGCAGGUGGGCGCCAUUGUCGAGCUCAUCGAUGCGUCUCGGGACUACGGGGCUGCUGUUGCCCGGGCGGCUGAUGAUCAUAUCCAAAUCAUCUCCAUGACCGUCACCGAGAGCGGCUACUACCUGGACGAAGCCGAUGUGCUCCGCACCCAGGCACCCGAUGUGGCGCAGGGGCUCGCACAGCAGCCAACCAGUUGUGUGUACACCUAUCUGCACGGUGCGAUGCGCGCGCGCAUGGCUGGUAAUGGCCGCCCGAUCACCCUCAUGUCGUGCGAUAAUCUCCGCGAGAACGGGCACAAGUUGCGCACGGGCUUUCUGCAAUACUUGAAGGCUGCCCAGGAUGAGGCCACCCGUGCCUGGGUGGAGGCUCACGUCUCCUUUCCCUGCAGCAUGGUGGAUCGCAUCACCCCGCGUCUAGACCCAGCUCAUGCCCGCGAUGUUCGCGAGCGCUUUGGCAUCGAGGACCAGGUCACCAUCAUGGCUGAACCGUACAUUCGCUGGGUGAUUGAGGACAACUUUGCCGGUGCCCGCCCACCUCUGGAUAGAGCCGGGGCCAUUAUCACUCGGGACGUCCAGGCUCACGAAGAGGCCAAGAUUCGGGUCUUGAAUGGUGGGCACACGGCGCUUGCCUAUCUCGCGGCCCUUCGCGGCCACCGCACUUUUGACCGCGCCAUGACCGACCCCGAGCUGGCCGACUUUUUCAUGGCUUACGAAACGGAAGAAGUCAUUCCGGGACUUGGCGAAUCACCCAUCGAUCUCGCUGCCUAUCGCGAUGAGAUUUGCGCUCGGUUCUCCAAUGCCAGUAUCGGUGACACCGUAGCCCGCAUCUGCAGCGACGGCGCCAGCAAGAUGCCCAUUUUCAUCCGGCCCACGGCCGAGGCCACGGCCCGGCGAGGCCUCGUGCCCCAUCACGCCAUUCGCAUCAUGGCCUCUUGGUACGUCUUUAUGCGAGCGGUCCAGCGCGGUGGGGAGAUUGACUUUGCCUAUGUCGAGCCCAGCUGGGACACCCUCGUGCCCUUGCUGGCUGCUGGCCAGGAGACGACCUUUGCCACCCAUGAGCUGCUCUGGGGUGACCUGCCCCAGCUUUGUCCCACCUUUGUUGAGUGCCUGGUUGCCGAAAUUGCCAAGCAAGAGCAGGCCUAUCAGCUCGCACGUCAAUAA